CUGAGGUUUCGCUUUACACAUUUUCGUACUUUUCUAUCUUUGAAAGAAAAAGCGCGCUCACUCAACGAUGGGAUACAACAAGGCUGCUAAGGAGACCUGUGCAUGGCUUGGUUUGGUAUUCUGGAGCUUCCAGCUUGCACCACAAGGCAACGUAUCGAAUCUCAUGCAAUCUGCACCUCUGGUCCAGCUGCUGGUGCUUGCCAUUUGGAAGCCCCUGCAGACCGGAGCCUGUUUGUUAUAAGUGAAGAGCUCAUUUCCUACUUCCUCUGUAGCCUUCCCGUUCACUGCGCUCAACUCUACUGACGCCUGUAUCGUGGCCACUGCGGGUACGUAACUAUACACAUCUUUGUAAUGUUUAGCCUGGCAAAACUACAAGCGUAAGUCCACCGAGGGCGUCUCCAUUGUGAUGCUCUACCUCUGGUAUAUCGGAAACAUGCUGUACGGCGCAUACGCAGUCGCCGACAAGCUCUACUUUGGACUUAUCAUCCAGCCGCAGCUGUUUGCGCUCUUCACGCUGCUCAACAUCCUCCAGGUUUACUGGUACCGGUACAAGUGGAGCAUGACCAAGAUUCUGUCUGCCAGUGCUGUUCUGUGCGCUCUAUACGCGGGCCUGCACGUCGGAAUCUGGAAGGGCGAGGAACACGCAAUUGCCAAGCACGAGGACCGCGUGGUCACCUUCCUUGGUGUUCUGCCGGCUGUCUUCAUCGCCGUUGGGUUCUUUCCCGAGUUCUACGUGUGCAUCCAGGAGAAGUCGGUCGAGAUGAGCAACUUCUUCCUGAUGCUUGAUAUCAGCGGUGGCAUGUUCAGCACUCUCAGCCUGGCAUUCGACCAUGAGUUCGACUAUGUUGCGUCUAUCACAUAUCUGAUUGUGAUCCUGCUGGACAUUAUCCUGGCGCUGAUGAAGCUGUACUUCCAUCUCACCGGGACCCAAGGCAUGGCGCACCACGGCGAAGCACCUGUGACCAAGGACAUCCACGAUGAAGACAGCAGCACUGACCCGCGCGUCUCCAGCAGUAGUGCUCCCAAGAGCCUCGAGGAGGGCGGCAUCCAGCACUAGAGGCGAUCGAUCUUUUCCAACUAGGUUCUACUUUUCUAAUUUCCUCUCUAUGAAGGACAACAUAUGAAGUACCUUGCACUCUC